AUGUUUCGGCAACUUGGGGAGUUCAGCGCGAUGUCUCGGCCACCAACGCUUCAGCAGUGCAAGCCUCAACAACUAGCGCUCCAGUGGACCCCAGACGAGUCGUCCACGCAUCAAGAGAGAUGUGGCGAGUCCAAACCACCUUCACCAAUCCAGGUGCGGUCUGGCAAGCACAAGAUGGAGGGUAGUUCUGCGGGCGGCGGCGGCGGCGGCGGCGGCGGAGGUGGGAAUGAUGUGGAACUUCUGUGUAAGACGCUGCAGGUUGAGCACAAGCUAUUCUACUUCGACCUCAAAGAGAAUCCCCGUGGGCGCUACCUUAAGAUCUCUGAGAAAACCUCGGCGACCAGGUCAACCAUCAUAGUGCCCUCCAAUGGCGUCGCCUGGUUCCUCGAUCUCUUCAAUUACUAUGUCAAUUCAGACGAACAGGACGUUUUCAGCAAAGAACUCCAGCUCGAUACCAAGGCAUCUCUUUUACACUUAAAGCUUAUUGUUCCCAUUUGCACCCUUUUUCUUCUGUAUGGAAAUUUUUAUCUUUUCACUUCCUGCUUUAAUUAUUUCGUAAUCCGCUUGCAGGUGUUCUAUUUUGAUGUUGGAGAGAACAGAAGGGGACGCUUUCUCAAAAUAUCUGAAGCUUCGGUCAGCCGCAACCGUAGCACUAUCAUUGUCCCUGCGGGAAGUUCUCGAGAUGAAGGGUGGGCAGCCUUUAGGAACAUUUUGGCUGAAAUAAAUGAAGCAUCCGGGCUUUUCAUCCUGCCCAAUCAGCAUGAGCAGAACUCUGAAGCCCCAGACCGCAUAGUCGGGCUCUCAGAUGAUGUUGGUGCUGGUUUUAUAUCCAGCCAUAGUUCUCAACGAAACUCAACUGCUGACUUGAAUGUUGACCGUUCUUCUGAUCUGCCCCCAUCUGAUGACAUGGGAGUCUCAAAAGUGAUAAGAGCUGAUCAGAAGAAGUUUUUCUUUGACCUUGGCAGCAAUAACAGAGGUCAUUUUCUGAGGAUAUCCGAGGUGACCGGUUCAGAUCGCUCGUCCAUCAUCCUCCCACUUUCUGGGCUGAAGCAGUUUCAUGAAAUGCUGGGUCAUUUCGUGGAGAUCACUAAGGAUCGAAUUGAGGGGAUGACUGGUGCAAAUGUUCGAACAGUGGACCCUCCUCAAAGCAUAUGUUGCCCGAUAAAGAAGGUGGACAUGAAUCUGAUUCAUGGUUAUGGGGAAAUGAAAGGCUUCACACGCAAGCGCCUCAUCUCUAUAACCGUCCUCGUCUGCCUGGCCGCCUGCAUCACCGCCGAGGACCCUUACCUUUUCUACGAAUGGAAAGUGACCUACGGCACCAUCUCCCCUCUCGGCGUCCCCCAACAGGGCAUCCUCAUCAACGGCCAGUUCCCGGGCCCUAAGAUCAACUGCACCUCCAACAACAACAUCGUCGUGAACGUGUUCAACCAUCUCGACGAGCCCUUCCUCCUCACAUGGGCCGGCAUUCAGCAGCGCAAGAACUCGUGGCAGGACGGCACCCCCGGCACCAUGUGCCCCAUCCUCCCCGGCACCAACUACACCUACAAAUUCCAGGUGAAGGACCAGAUCGGCAGCUACCUCUACUUCCCCACCACCGGCCUCCAACGCGCGGCCGGCGGCAUCGGCGUCCUCCAAGUCCACAGCCGCGACCUCAUCCCCGUCCCCUUCGACCGCCCGGCCGACGAGUUCGCCGUCGUCCUCGGCGACUGGUACAACAAGGGCCACAAGGCCCUCAAAUCCAUCCUCGACUCCGGACGCUCCAUCGGCCGCCCGGACGGCAUCCACAUCAACGGCAAGUCGAACAAGGUCGGCGACGUAGUCGCCGAGCCCCUCGCGACGCUCGAGCCGGGAAAAACCUACCGCUUCCGCGUCUGCAACGCCGGGAUGCACGUCUCGGUCAACUUCCGCUUCCAGGGCCACCCGAUGACCCUGGUCGAGAUGGAAGGGUCGCACACUGUGCAGAACGUUUACGACUCGCUCGACCUCCACGUCGGACAGUGCCUGUCCGUCCUCGUCACCGCCGACCAGGCCGUCAGCGACUACUACUUCGUCGUCUCCAGCCGCUUCCUGAAGAAGCCGCUCAGCGCCGUGGCCGUCGUCCGGUACGCCGGGGCCUCGGCCCCGGCGGCCGCCGAGCUCCCGCCGCCGCCUCCCGAGAGCGAGAGGAAGGGCAUCGCGUGGUCCAUGAACCAGUUCCGGUCGUUCAGGUGGAACCUGACGGCCAGCGCCGCCCGUCCCAAUCCGCAGGGCUCGUACCACUACGGGCAGAUCAACAUCACCCGGACUAUUAAAAUCGCCAACACGCGGGCGACAGUCGGCGGGAAGCUCAGGUUCGGGAUCAACGGGGUUUCCCACGUCAACACCGAGACGCCGCUCAAGCUGGCGGAGUACUUCGGAGUGGCCGACAAGGUGUUCGAGUACGGGCUCGUGAAGGACGACGCGAGCGAGACUUCGCAGCAGCUGGUGGUGGCGCCGAGCGUGGUGAACGCUACAUUCAGGAACUUUGUCGAGAUAAUCUUUGAGAACAGUGAGAGAAGCAUCCAGACGUGGAACCUGGACGGGUACUCGUUCUUCGCCGUGGCUAUCGAGCCAGGGAAGUGGAGCCCAGAGAAGAGGAAGAACUACAACUUGCUGGAUGCCGUGAGCAGGCACACGAUCCAGGUGUACCCGAACUCGUGGGCAGCUGUGAUGACGACGCUCGACAAUGCGGGGCUUUGGAACUUGAGGUCGGAGAUGUGGGAGAGGACUUACCUGGGCCAGCAGUUGUAUGUGAGCGUGCUGUCCCCGGCCAGGUCGCUUAGGGAUGAAUACAAUCUUCCUCCCACUCAGCAGCUCUGUGGAAUUGUGAACAAUCUCCCAUUGCCGGCUCCCUAUACCUAAACACUUCCAUGCGCUUGUUAACUAAUAACUAAUAAACCUGCUUGAUUUUAUCAGUUGAUUAGUUGUUUAAUAUUCAUUUGUUUGUAUUACAAAUGCUAACUACAAAAAUUUUCACGGAAUGGAUGCUUGUUGUGCGGAAUAAUAAAUAACAUCUCCCUGUUGAUUACCACUGCCAUAUUGUAGAAAAAAAAAAAAAUACCAGUGUGCACUAACACCCACUGUCUAAAUAAGCUGGUUUAUGUUUGAAAAUAUAUUAUUAUUUAUAGCUUAAUAUAUUAUUAUUUAUGGCUU